AUGGUGUAUCUAGGUCCUAAGAAACCACCUUUAAGAAAGGGCUCCAUGGCCGACGUGCCCGCGUCCGUGCUCGACCAGAUCCAGAAGUUCGAGGAGAUGUUCACGGUGCCCGCCUCCAAGCUUCAGGAGGUCACGGAGCACUUUGUGGGCGAGCUCAACAAGGGUCUCUCCAAGAAGGGUGGUAACAUUCCCAUGAUCCCCGGCUGGGUCCUGGAGUACCCCACGGGCUCCGAAAAGGGCGACUACCUCGCCAUUGACCUUGGUGGAACCAAUCUGCGUGUCGUGCUCGUCAAGCUCGGCGGAAACCGCGACUUCGACACCACCCAGUCCAAGUACAAGCUGCCCGACCACAUGCGCACCGGCUCCGCCGAUGCGCUGUUCUCGUUCAUCGCCGACAGCUUGAAGACUUUUGUCGACGAGGAGUUUCCUCAAGGUGUCACCCAGGCCUUGCCUCUAGGCUUCACCUUCUCGUACCCAGCCUCCCAGGACCGUAUCAACGAAGGUUUCUUGCAGAGAUGGACCAAGGGUUUCGACAUCGACGGUGUCGAAGGUAAGGACGUGGUCCCCAUGUUGCAAGCCCAGCUUCAGAAGCGCAACAUCCCUAUCGAUGUCGUCGCGCUUAUCAACGACACCACCGGUACUCUAGUCGCCUCCAUGUACACCGAUCCAGAAACCAGAAUGGGCUGUAUCUUCGGUACCGGUGUCAACGGUGCCUACUACGACGUUUGCAGCGGUGUUGAAAAGCUACAAGGUAGAUUGCCUGCGGACAUCACCCCAGACACCCCAAUGGCCAUUAACUGUGAAUACGGCUCUUUCGACAACGAGCUAAUCACUCUCCCAAGAACCAAAUACGACAUUCUCGUUGACAAGCAGUCCCCAAGACCAGGUCAACAAAGUUUUGAAAAAAUGACCUCUGGUUACUACUUGGGUGAACUAUUGCGUUUGGCACUAGUUGACUUGAGCCAACAAGGCGUCAUCUUCAAGGACCAAGACAUGACCAAGCUCGAAAAGCCUUACGUCAUGGACACUUCCUACCCUGCCAGAAUCGAGGAAGACCCCUUCGAGAACUUGGAAGACACCUACGACAUUUUCAAGAACGAGCUAGGUGUUGAAACCACCGGCUCCGAGCGUAAGUUGAUCAGACGUCUGUGUGAACUUAUCGGUAUCAGAGCCUCCAGAAUGUCUGUUUGCGGUAUCGCUGCCGUGUGCAAAAAGAGAGGUUACAAGACUGCCCACAUUGCUGCCGACGGUUCCGUCUUCAACAAGUACCCAGGUUUCAAAGAAAGAGCUGCUGGUGGUUUGAGAGAUAUCUUCGGUUGGGAAGCAAAGAAGAACAUCGAAGAUUACCCAAUCAUCAUUGUCGCUGCCGAAGAUGGUUCCGGUGCUGGUGCCGCUAUCAUCGCUGCCUUGACUCAAAAGAGACUAGCUGCUGGUAAGUCUGUCGGUGUUGUUAACUAG